AUGAAGUACGCCUUUUCCCCGCUCGUCUUCACCCUGGGCGCCUCCGCCGCGGCGCUCAAGCGCUCCGACUGCUGCUUCCAGCUCACCGCGUCGGGCGGCCAGUCGGGCAGCGUCGGCCAGCUCAACGACGGCCAGAACCGCGUCGGUGGAGGCUACUCGCCCGCCACCUACUGCCUCAGCAACGGCGCCAUCACCGACAAGAACGGCCGUGGCUGCAUCCUCACCCCUCCCACCACCCAGUUCCAGUGUGACGAGGGCGCCUCGCCCACGCCCGGCUUCGCCGUCGGCGAGGGCGGCCAGGUCACGUACAACGGCAGCACCAAGUUCUACGCCUGCCCCGCCGCCGACGGCGAGUACAACAUCUACACCAAGGAGGUCGACGGCCAGGACAAGUGCGUCGAGAUCACGCUGAGCACCGAGGGCGCCAAGUGCGCCGCCGCCUCGACCCCCGUGCCCAGCGCUCCGCCCACCCCCACCACCCCGCCCGCCGUCGCCAGCACCCCUGAGGGCGUCACUUCGACCCUGACGUCGUACACGACCGAGUGCCCGACCCCCCAGUCCAGCGCUCCGCCCGUCGCGAGCUCUCCUCCUCCAGCCCAGGGCCCCACGCCGAGCAACACGCAGCCGGCGCCCGAAUCGCCCCCACCCACCACCCUGACCUCGACCACCUCCCAAACGCAGACCGCGACCUCAGUCCAAAGCGUCACCUCCCCCGGCACGCCCAGCACGCCCACCCCAUCCAGCUCGGGCCCAAGCUCACCAGGAGGCUGCCCCGCCGACCUCGCCGGCGACUACCAGUACCCGCACCUCAUCGUCCCCGUCAACGCCUCCACCCCAUCCCAAUCCUUCGGCACGCAAUACUUCGGCGAAGUCUCGUCCUCGCCCCGCGUGUGCUCGCUCUUCAACUUCGACAUCCCAUCCAGCUACGCCGGCAGCGCGUGCAGCGCCGUCUUCCUGCUGCCGCACAAGGCCGAGCUGGAGACGAGCAACUACACGCUGUCGACACCUGGUAGCGGCAGCGGCCAGGUGACGUUCGCGGCGCUGGAGGAGCCGGCGGAUGAGAAGACGGCGUGGGAGAGCGUGCCGGAGAAGGAGAGGGAUCUCGGCGUGUUUGAUGUCGAGGCUGGAGCGCGGUUCGUCGUGGCGACGGGCGAGUGUCGCGCGGGGAGCACGGUGGCGUAUGAGAUGUGUGCUGCUGAGGGCAGCGCUGGGCUGAGCUUCGAGUGGUUCCAGGACUGGAAUCCGAGCCCGAUUGGGCUGUUUGUUCGCAAGUGCUAG